AUGACUCAAAGUUGGCUCAAAGCGUGCGGUGCGACAGUGCCGUCACCAAGAGCCGACAACAGGGGGAUGGCUCCUCGUCGAGGAGGUUCAGGAGGAGGUGGAGUAGAAGCCACUGCUGGAAGUGGUCUGCGAGGUGGGUUGGCACCGCCACCCCUUAGGCGGAUACAGCCAUGGUUGGAGGAUGGCUCUGGUCAGUGCGACAUUGUUGCUGGCGGUGUGGAUGCUAGCGGCGUAUUCAAAGGCAUUUAUGUCAGCGGUGUGCACUUAGCGGCAUUGUUGCGCACAUUCCAGCUUUCAAAAGCCUUCCUUCCGGUUGACAUGCCGACUCCAGUGCAGGCUCUAGGACAAUCACUGCAGGAUGGCAUCCCCUUGGUGGUUGUGACGAGAGGCUGCUUCGGAAGGGAGAUGGACUUUGGGUCUGGCCCCUCGCGCAACAGCAUUCAGAAGGCUGUUUGGGAAGCAGCGCGCAACAUGAGAGCAGACAUGCCUCAAGUGCUUGUCACCUGCAUCGAUAUUCCGGUGGAUGCCGGACCCGAGGUUGUGAAUGCCUGCCUGAAGUCGCCGCUGUGCGAAUUCCGGGAGCUCAUGUACCAUGACGGAACAUGGUAUACGCCUGCUGUGUAUGAAGCGCCACGGGCUGAGACCAUAGGUGUCCUCUUUGGUUGUUUUGGGCGAAAAAUAGAUGGCGAUUCCUGGUUUACCUGGUGGUUGAAUCAUCCAUGGCCAUCUAUUUGCCCCAAAAGGACACCUAUGGCUGAGACGCUGAGAUGGAGUUGCCAAAUGCUUUCCCUUGGAAUGUCUUUGUCAUGGGGCUCAGGUCGAAGCUCGGACAAUGGGUUUCUAACAAUCCUCGUGAGGCCAAAGCAAAGUCAGGACCGGCUCCAAUGGCUCUUAUGCCUCACACUACGAAACAUAUCAUUGUUUAGCAAGUUUUUCCAACCGGAGGAAUAUCCUAUUCUCGCAAGAAGUUCGAGUGGAACACAUCGCAGUGCCCCUACCGCCUGCAUGGUUUGCUUGAUUCCUGAGAGGCAGCGCAAGAUUAUGAUUAGCUUGAGUAGUGAAGGCCUUUGCUGGCAGAGGCAUGUGCCAUACAAUCGAUGUGCAUAUGGCUGUGGCUCAAAAACCGGUACCAAAAUGGAGCCCUGGUAA